AUGAGCAAGCCUCAACGUGAUUUCAUUAAAGAGUUGGCCAUAACAUACAAACUCUACGCCGAAUCACAGGACAAAGAACCCCAUAGAUUUGUCUUUGUUGUUAUCACUGAUAGGACAGAGACUCCUGCAAUGACCAUCUUGCAAGCGUUAGAAAAAGAACGCGAAAUUGAGCUCAAGAGACUUCAACUUGAGGAGUUGAAGUUAAAUAAGCUUGAUGAGCAGCCUUGCAAUGCGCUUCUUAUACGGGAUACAUUUUUUGGGGUGAAUGAAAGCUCGGUGAUGAAGGCAGUUAGCGAGAUUUUAAAUUCUUACGAAGAAUACAAGGAUUUUGGAAUCAAGUGCAUGAAAGAAUCGGCGUUUGUCUUCCAUGCUCCUUACCUUCUGGAAAUGGAUAAGGAGAAGGAAGAUAAACUCUACAUGUUACUGAAAAAAUUUAAAAGUAUUCUUCGUGAGAAGCUUAUUGCAUUCGACUGCAAAAUGUGCUUAGUCGACGAGGAUAUUACGGAAAUUCUCAAAGUCGAUACCAAUAACGUCAUGACCAAUAGCUCGAUCGCUUCUGUGCACUAUGCUCUUGAAGCCGGGGAAAAUGAACACCAAAAGAAUGAGCUCGAAACGAAUGAGCUUGAGAAGAAUAAUCUCGAAAAGACCAAUUCCUUUGAGAUUUUACAAAGUUCAUGA